CGGCGCUUGGUGCCCUAAGCAUAUGGUUUCGCGUGGUCUCAAGGAGUAUCUGCAAAUCGACUUGCUGCAAGUACAUGUCAUUACGGCGAUACGUACGCAGGGUCGCUUCGGCAAAGGGCAAGGUCAGGAGUAUACCGAAGCGUAUGUGCUCGAGUAUUGGCGGCCCGGUUUUGAGAAGUGGUUGCGCUGGAAAACGAUACAAGGCAAAGAGAUACUAACAGGCAAUAUAAAUACUUAUAGUGAAGUGGAAAACAUUUUACAGCCGAUCAUUUUCGCUUCGAAGGUGCGGAUCUAUCCGUAUAGCCAAUAUGAUCGUACUGUCUGCUUGCGCGCUGAAGUGGUCGGUUGUCUAUGGGAAGACGGCAUCGUUUCAUAUAGCAUACCCAAAGGCGUACAACGUGGUAUGGAAAUAGAUCUAUCAGAUAAGACCUACGAUGGACACGAAGAAGGCGAUCGAUAUGCCAACGGGCUAGGACAAUUAGUUGAUGGCCAAAAGGGCAAGGAUAACUUUCGUACCGAUAUUCAUGGCUUUGGAAAAGGCUAUGAGUGGAUUGGCUGGCGUAAUGACACACCAAAUCUAUUGGGUCAUCCAGUCGAGAUUACGUUUGAGUUCGAAAGCGUACGCAAUUUUAGUGCAGUUAUAUUGCACACAAAUAAUAUGUUCUCCAAAGAUGUGCAGGUUUUUGUCCACGCAAAAGUCUUCUUCAGCAUUGGCGGCCGACAAUAUGCCGGUGAACCUGUACAAUUCUCCUACAUGCCAGAUACUAUUCUGGAUCAUGCACGUGAUGUGACAAUCAAACUUCAUCAUCGCCUUGGCAAAUAUUUACAGUUGCACUUGUACUUCGCGGCACGUUGGAUAAUGCUCAGUGAAAUCACAUUUAUAUCGACACCUAUUGUUGGCAAUUUCACAGACGAAGAUUUCGCUGGUGGUACGAUGGCUGCGGGUGCAACACCGCAAGAUAAUGCCGAGUAUCCGUUUCAGCGUGAUGAAGUGGAGCGCGUCAUUAACGGAAAAUUUGGUGAGCGCAGUCAACCGCAAACACCAUUGGACCAUCCAGAACCGGAGAACAGUUUGAUUGGCUUCAUUUUCGCCGUAUUGGUGGCCAUCAUAUUGGUGCUCGUUGUGGUCAUACUCUUAAUCGUCAUACGUAAUAAACGCGGUCGUGGCGGCAAUGUGCUCGAUGCAUUCCAACACAACUUCAACCCGGAUACGCUUGGUGGCGCCGACAAGCGGCUCAAUUGCAAUGGCAUGAAGGCCGUCACUAUGGACAAUGACACGGAGUCGAUUGACAAGAGCAGCCUCUACCAUGAACCGUUCAAUGUGAAUAUGUACACGAGUGCAGCGAGCGGUUGCUCCAUGAAUGACAUGCAACGGCAACAUGUCACACCGGACUACACAGACGUCCCGGACAUUGUGUGCCAGGAGUACGCCGUACCACAUAUGCAGGACCUACUGCCGACGAGCACACAAAAAUCCAAUUCCUUGUACGGCGCCAGCAUAGGCGCUGGUGGCGGCAGUAGCAGCAACUAUAGCACCAGUGCACGCAACACACUCAACAGCAUGUUUCAAUCGAAACUGUCGACCGCUAGUCAAAAAUUACAACAACUACAACAUCAACAUUCAUAUCAGUCACAACUGACGCCACCACCACCACCGCCGCCGGCACCCACCACGGCCACAGCCAGCACACACUGCCCGCCACCAAUACCGCCCCUACCGCCAUUAUUGGGCAACUCUAGCAGUAAUGAGAAAUACUAUGCAACCACAGCGAUUUGCAAAGCAAAUGCCGCCACAAAUGCCUCGCAUGGCAUUGGCGGUGGUGCGGUCGGUGGUGUGGGCACAAAUGCUGGUGCUUGCAAUACAUUACCCAAUGGCAGCAUUGGUGGUGGCAGCGGCAGUCUCGCCUCUACAACGGCCAGUCUAGCAUCGAGCUCAACAACGCCAACGGGCGGCGGUUAUGGUUAUGCGAGUUCUGCCGCUACUUUGGCUGCUGUUAAACCGCAUCAUUACAAUCUGGACAUGAGUGGAAAUGGCCUGGCUGGCCACGCCAUCGUCGAUGUUAACGAAGAGCUGGCUAAUUUUCAAGUGCAAGAGUUUCCGCGACAAUCGUUGGUGAUAGUGGAGAAAUUGGGCUGUGGCGUUUUCGGUGAGCUACACUUGUGCGAAACGAAGGGGAUGAGCGCCAAUUUGGUAGCAGUCGCCACACUCCGACCCGGCGCGCCCGAUCAUAUGCGUAAAGAGUUUCGCAACAAGGCGAAACAGCUCGCCCGCCUCAACGAUCCGAAUGUGGCGCAUUUACUUGGCGCCUGUCUGCGUGACGAGCCCAUUUGCAUGGUGUUCGAUUACUCGGAAUGUCUGGGUGACUUAAAUCAAUUUCUGCAGGAGCAUGUAGCCGAAACGACGCAUAGUCUACAAGCGGGUAUUAUGACGAAUAAGAGCUUAAGUUAUGGCAGCUUGGUGUACAUAGCUACGCAAAUUGCAUCGGGCAUGAAGCAUUUGGAGCAAAUGAAUUUCGUGCAUCGCGAUCUGGCAACAAGGUAA